AUGGAGUCGAGCGGCCAAAAUGGCACGCGCACCGAUCAUGAUAGGGAUUCUAUCAUGAACGGUGUCAAUGGUGCCAAUGGCACUCCUCAGUAUGCGAACGUUUCCAAAGAGAAAGCCUCUGCUGCUGCAACGACGGAUGGCUCUGCGAAAGCUAUCAACGGCAACGACGGAUCGCGGCCGCAGGAACCGAACCAGAACGGAGAGUCCAGUCAAAGUCGAAAUCGAAUGAACGACCUUCCCGAUGAAAUCGUACACAUCACACAGGGAUUUGUUCCCUUAUCACUUCUUCUAACUCGCCUUGCCCAAACUUCACACAAUGCCCUUCAAGAAAAAAUUGCCGAGCUGACUAAGAUGCCAGUGCCCGCGGCAGCAGCAAACGGCAGUUCUUCGUAUUCUUCUAGCGGGCCGGAUGAUAGCUCUGCAGACAACUUGAGAAAAAAGGGGAACCUGGUCAACUUUGCCCAGGAGUGGCACGGGAAAUGGCUAAAAGCCCUUGUCAUUACCGACUGGAGCAGGAAAUCUCACCUGGUCAGCAAACUCAUUGAUCUCAAGUUUCACAUCGACCAGCAAAGGAUACUCUACGACGGGGCUCUCGACUUCAUGGUCAAUGUGAAGCGGGACUUGACGUUUGCUCGUAUGCCGAGCCCUGACUUAAAAACUGCUCUCCAAGUCCUUUCUACAGGGAGUGCCCCCUGGAUGCCUGAUCUUGGAUAUAUCGAACCACCCGCCUUAACGCCCGAAACUCAGCUGAAGUGGAUGAACGAACUGAACACCUUAUUAUCAUUAAGACUCAACUUAGAAGACUUCGAUAAGAUUCCGUAUCAUUUUCGAAACUACGAAAUUGCCUCUGGACGAGUUACUUUUAGAGUCGAGGGCGAGUUCGAGGUUGACCUGACCAUCGCCGACGAGGACUUUGAAAAGCAGUUUUGGUUCAUCGAUUUCCGAUACGCAUUUACACCAGCAGCUUCUUCGAUUUCGGAAUCAUUACGAACCCACUUGGAAAACUGCGUUAACGAUGUUCUCGGAAAAGAAGGCUUACUUGGAUGCUAUCAAUUUCUGCAUGAGCUUGUUUUGACGACCAAGAUCAAUGAACUCAAACGACAAGCCUUGCAGCUGAGUCGCACCUCUUGGACGGGCACGCUAAAUGUGGAACCUCUAAACCGAGCGCUUUCAAUCCAAUACUGGACGGGACGGUCGACAACGAUGGGUUCGAAGAGCUGGAUUUUGGUUGCUGUCAAUAGUAACCGCACACAAAACGGCAAAGAGAACGCAUCAUCAACAAGUCAACUGGUGGCAAAGUGGUAUCGAGAUAAUAAGGAGGUGACGGAAGUGGAACUUGAGUUGAACGUAAAUGAACUGUCGGCGGAAACGCUGCUGACGAAUGUCAUUGCUCGACACAUUGAACAUAUCCUCGCCAGCAUCCACGACAAGCUUUUAACAACAUCACGAUUCAAGAAUCACGAAGCCAGCAUGACUCUACGGAUAUCAAAAACAGACCCGGCGUUUUCUGUCUUGACGACUCAAGUGGGAUAUAACGGGGAAGCUUCGGUGUUGCUAGAACCCAUGACAGGAGCAUUUGCCUUGAAACCACCGUCAAGGUUUACUAUUCAACCAGAGCACCAGCUGAAUAAUGGCAAAAGCCCCGCCGAGGAUGGUCUCAACUGUUUGGAAGCGCUUCGGUGUGCAAUCUUGGAGGACGAGUUGCACCGUCGGGCGACACUGAUGGGAUGGUUCGUUCGAAAACCGGCCAUGUCGGCAGAAGAGUUGAAGUCGGCAACCAAGGUACGGGAUUGGACUCGCGCCAUCUGGUUACAAAAGGAUGGUUGGGGCUCAAGCUGGUUUGUGGUUGUUGUGCUGGGCCUGAAUGGCGACGAGUGGUGGCUACUUGAGUCGAAUGCCAACAAAUCAUUGAGGUUCCAAGCCAGAAUACCACUCAACGGCGGCUAUCCUGAUUUGUCGGAUUUCUUCUGGCAGAAUCUGGCAUUCUUUACGACGGGAGUUAUUUCGCAAUCGGUCGAUUUGAGAGAGCUGCAUCGACGACAGAUCAAGUGUAGGUCAAGUGCAACUGCCAAAUUGUCCCUCUCGCGAAAGGUUCGAUUGCCAUCCACAGAGGUGGAGCUUUCUGCCUUGUUUCCGUCGAUGGUAUUUGAUAAGAGCAAAUCGGAAGAGGACACAACGUCGAAUAACGAUGAACAACUUGAUCACAUGCAUCUUCUCUCACUUAUCCAGCGAGCCUCAGGUGCUGCCCUGGUGCGAAAGAAGGCAUGGGCAGAAAACAUUGUCCAUGUCACGUUUAAGGGAAUUCGAGGUUUCUCAACGCUCGAAAAUGCAACUGACGAGGGACCCCAGGAUGGGCCCCAGGAGAAAGAACUUAUUUGCACAUCAGAAGCUAUUCUAAGGGUUAGAAGGCCUUCGAAAUUCGCUUCACUGGACGGCCUCGCAGAUCGUGACGUGUCUUACGAUCCGAGCCGAGGCGAGUUCGCGCUGCGCAUCCAACGCGCAGUUGGAAAACCGAUACUCAGCGCACUCAAGUCGCAAAUCAAGGCUAUUGACCGAUUCGUCAACUUUUUGGAGGCCUUAGACAGCGCCAAAGGCACCAUCACAACCGAGUCGGUAACUUUACGGCAAAUCACGUUUUUCUACAAUGAACCAAAGGACCACGAGACUAGCGCCCAGGAAGAGGCCGCAACUGAAGAACCACCCAAGCGCUGGCGUGUUGUUCUCGACCUCUCCAAGGACGACAUUGAUAUCGAAAUCGAGAAGGGUAAUCCCCAUCUGCGAGUACUCGAUCUAAUGAGACAGCUGGUCAACAGCGACGGUGGCAUCGGCGCCUUGAUGGCCUGGCUGCCCGCAUCAUUACCCGCCCUCCAGGCCAUUGACAAGAUGGAGACGGAAUGGGAGCCAAUCCAGGCUUCCGGGCAAGGCCGUCUCGUCUUCUCCAUGAAGACAAUCGCCUGGAUGAGCAUUGAAUACACCAUUAACUCGGAUGAAAAGACGCUCACGAAACCGGUCCGCUUAGAAGUAAAGAUGGAGCCUCGCCGCUGCCAAGCAUGGUGGCACGUCUGGCGAUCCGACGCCGAAUCAACCGCCCAGGACGCCAUUUCCGCAGCCUUGCAACCGAUCUGGAACAAAAAAGGCGACAAUUGGCUCGGCCUGUCCACAGGGGCGGCUGGUCGUCCUCAUGGCGGCGUCGUGAAGAUGCUAUUAGCUGUGGAUGAAGCUAUUCGGGGGACUGUAACUAAUGAAUCUAGCGGGACACAGGACACCGACGUAGUUGUCCUGGAUUAG